GUGUGAUAUCCAGGGAAACUGGCAAAGCAACCAAGAUAGACUAGGGGCACUAUAAUGUGUUUUGUCUCUUGACAGCUGGCAGGCUGUGGGUCUCUGCUGUGCUAUGAAAUUGUAACUACCAGAGAGGGGGCAAGAAAUGCAUGGUGUGCGAGGAAGCUAAUUGGGAGCAUCCCUGGGGUUGGAAUUAGAUGUGAGAACGGCUCAUGCAUGUUCAGCGGGGGAACAUUUGGGUUUUCAGAUGGAGGGUGUUACGUGGGAGACUGGCAGGAUGGCAGAGCACAUGGAUACGGUGUGUGCAAAGGUCCCACAAGGCAGGGAGAGUACAGUGGCCUUUGGAGUAAUGGAUUUGAAUCUCUGGGAGUUUAUACUUGGCCCAGUGGGAACACAUAUCGUGGAUACUGGGACCAAGGGAAAAAAAAUGGAUUAGGUGAGGAACACAAGGGCCGUUGGCUGUACCGGGGUGAAUGGACUCACGGGCUGAAGGGAAGGCUUGGCGUGAGAGAGAGCCUUUCUGGAGCACGUUAUGAAGGACUAUGGACAGAUGGACAGCAAGAUGGUUAUGGCGUAGAGACAUACUCAGAUGGAGGUACAUAUCAAGGCCAGUGGCUGUCUGGUAAGAGACAUGGAUAUGGUGUGCGACAAAGUGUCCCAUACCAUCAGGCGGCUCUCCUACGUUCCCCACGAACUCCAACUCUAGGUUCUUUGCCUCACUCUCCUGGUCCACAUUGUCCUACAGUUCCCGGUCACCUUCCUGGAAGUCCAGCCACAGGAUCCCGUGGAGGUUUUGUCCUAAAAGUUAGAGGUGUUGGUUCAGAACCUCCAGGAGCUGGUGGAAAUGGGAAGCCAAAAAAAAGAGGAUUCUUCUUCACUCGCUCACUUAUCCUCAAUAGUUUACGACUACAUCGUGGCUCAGAUGCCAAAAAUCCAUCUACCGGUCGGGACAGUCAACGUAGUUCCUUGAGGAGUGAGACAAGGGGAGCUGGAGGAUCCCUGAGCUCUAGUGCCAGUCAAGAUGGUUCCAGUGCAAGUGUUGCAGAGACAGAGAGUGAACUACCAAUUGGUGCCUGGGAAACAGAGACAUAUGCAGGUGAAUGGAGAGGAGACCGCCGCAGUGGGUAUGGGGUCAGUCGUCGAUCCAAUGGGCUCUGCUAUGAGGGAGAAUGGCUGAGGAACAGAAGGCAUGGCUAUGGAAGAACCACGUACCCAGAUGGCUCGCGAGAAGAAGGCAAGUAUAAAAUGAACAUGCUGGCCAGCGGCAAAGUCAAGAGCCUGUUUCCAUUACGAAGGGGCAAAGGGAGAGAGAAAGUGGAAAGAGCUGUGGAAGCUGCAAGGAGAGCUGAGUGUACUGCAAAACAGAAGCAAGAGAUGGCAGUGGCCAGUGCUGCAGAUGCUCGCGUUCAAGCUGAAUCCGCAUCAGUAGCGGCACAGCAGGCACUGGAGGCCUCUCAUGCUGCCCGGAUCCUGUCCCAUGACUUGGAGGAGCUCCUGGAGACGCCAAGUUCCCUAUGUGCCCAAGAUGGAGAAGAACACACUGCUGAGGGUGGGUUACCCUGGCUCAAGCAGCGUCCUCCUGAGUCAUGUCAUGAUGGAACCCCUUUGUCUGACCAAACCCCAGAUCCAAGCUUGCCUCCAAGUCACCCUGACACCCCUCCAGGUCCUGCUUGCUGCCCACUGCGAGAAGGAACUCCUUGUCCUCCCAUCCAGGAGGAGGAGAGCCUUCCUGAGGUGGAAACACCCACACAUACAACUUUCAACUCAGAAGAGCAGGAGACUUCUGAAACCCUCCCUGUCAGUGGACUAAUUCACCCUUCACCCAGCAUUGAACGCACAGAGGAAGUUGUGGACUCUGGGGGGGCAAUGGAACCCCCCCUUAUAUCACGUAUGCAAAUGGAUGCUGACCCUCUUGUGGUGGCUGUCGUGUUGUUUCUUGAUGUCUUGCUUGCAUUCCUCAUCUCGUAUUUUCUUACAUGAUGGGAUGAAGAAGUGCCCCUUAUCGGAAAUUCUUGCACACAGUUUGUCUCUCCCAUUCUCUAUUUUCUCUCAUUUGCUCUUUGGCUCUCUUCUUCUACCUCUUUCACCCUAAUGUUUACAUAUAAAGGGCUUUCUCUCUGUGUCACUUUCUUUCCCUCUUUGGCCUGGAUUCUGUUAUAUAAAACAAAACCGAUUUUUUCAAAUUUUCCUCUUGACAAUAUUAGUACUUUUUGAGAUCCCAGAUUUUUUUAUAACAUAUAUCAGGAUCCAGUCCUCUUGUGGCUUCUUCCCUGUCUCUGUCUCUCUUUUUCUGAGAUGCAGUCUUGUAAACCACGAUAUAAUGACUAUAUGGACUAUGACUGUUGAACACCCUCCCCUUUUUAUCUUUCUUUUCUCUUCUCUGCCACCACCCCUCAUCAUAGCUUCUACGUCACUUUUUCUCUCUUUUACUCUCUUCUCUGAGAAACCAUCUUCAUGGAAUUUCAUCCAGCUCAAUAUAUUUGCUAGAUUUUUCCAUUGCUGACCUAAAAAGUGACCCAACUCCCAAUUGCCUGGUAACUUCCUGUCUAGCUCCCUCUUCUCUCCUGCACUGCAUCUUACUUCUCCUGCAUCACACCCUGCCCUCUCCUGCAUCACCCCCAGCUCCUUGUCCUCUCCUUUCUUCUCACCAAAAUAUAUGAGCCAGCUCACCCAAAGCCUUGUGCUCCCCCUUGCCUUGUGUUUUACGCCCCUUUCAGAGCAUGCACUACAUUCCUAUUUUUGUAGCAGUAUUUUGCCUUCUCUUGAACAUGAAAGAUGCAAAAAAAAAAGGAAGAAAUGAAAAACCUGAUCUAAUAAAAAGUAAAAUGUA